UUUUUUAUAGUUUAUGUUUUUAUAAGUUUCUGCAUUAAUUAAAGCGUUUAAACCAAUAGACCUAAUAUAUAAUUAAUUAUGACCAUUUAUGAAAACUCAUAUACUUUCAACAUAUUGACAUUUUACCAGAUUUUAACAGUUACACUUGAUUAUGACAUUACCUAAAAUUAAGUUUAUAACAAGAUCAUAACAAGAUUAUUACAUUACACCCGAUUAUGACAUUACACCUAAUUACACCAUUUCGAGACUGCAAUUAGCUUUUAAAUUAGCAUUAAAAUAUUUAUUAGAAAUUAUUAAUAGAAAUAAAAUUAGAAAUUAUUAUUAGUAAUUAAGAUUAGGAUUAAGGAUAUAUAAACUUUGUAUAGCAUCACAAUACAAACUAAACCUCUUCUGUGAUGAUUCGUAGGUUAUUCAAAUAAAUUUUAUACAAAUAUGUAAUAUUAUAUGUAAAACAAAAAUUGAAUAAACUCUAUUAUUAUACGUACUUAUCAUGAUAUCUUUUGGGUUAAAUAUCACAAUAUCAACAUGGGUUCAUGAAGAGUAGGUCAACUGUGUUGAAUCUUGUUUCAAUUCCUCCUCUGCUGAAUACCUUCCCUUUAGGUCCCAUUUGAUAAUUAAUCACAACAAAUUUUAUUUUUUUUUGCCAUGUACCUAAUUAUAUAUUUUUCUAUUUCAGAUGACUGCUAACGACGGUUAUGGCAGAAAACGUUAAAGUCAUAGUAAGAUGUCGGCCUAUGAACAAAACAGAAACCCAACUCAAUUGCAAGUGUGUCGUGAAGAUACACGAUUGCGUUGUAGAAACAUGGGAUCCCAACGAAGGACCGUCUAUUCCAAAACAAUUUACUUUCGACUCGACCUACGGUCAAGAUUCCACGACAGAGGUGAUUUAUAACGAUAUUUGUUACCCCUUAAUUGAGAGCGUACUAGAAGGCUAUAACGCUACAAUUUUCGUUUAUGGCCAAACCGGCUGUGGUAAAUCCUUUACGAUGGAAGGAAUUAAAUCGGAAAAUAGUCCCCAAAAGGGGGUAAUAUCUAGAACCUUUGAACACAUCUUUGAAGCAAUUUCUGUUACGACUGGCGUGAAAUAUUUAGCUUUAGUAAGCUAUCUCGAAAUAUACAACGAGCAAAUAAGAGACUUAUUAUUGCCAAGUGAUAAAUCAUUAUCUAAUUUAGUUUUAAAAGAAACUCCCAAUGAAGGUGUUACUGUACCAGGUUUAUCGUUACUGCCAGUACACAAUGCAUCAGAAUGCGAACGUUACCUUAACAUUGGUUCGAAGAAUAGAAUGAUCGGUGCCACACUUAUGAACCAAAAUAGUUCGCGGUCUCAUAGUAUUUUUUCAAUAAGCAUAGAACAAAUUAGUAAUGUAAAUAAUAACGAAAGUAUUAGGAAAGGUAAAUUAAAUUUAGUGGAUUUGGCUGGGUCAGAGCGACAGACCAAAACGGGAGCUACCGGUGAAAGACUGAAAGAAGCUACUAAAAUAAAUUUAUCACUAAGUGCCCUUGGAAAUGUAAUUUCAGCUUUAGUUGAUGGAAAAGCGAAACAUAUACCGUACAGAGAUUCGAAACUUACCAGAUUAUUGCAGGAUUCGUUAGGGGGCAAUACAAGGACUCUUAUGAUAGCUUGUAUUAGCCCUUCGAGUCGCGAUUACAUAGAGACCCUGUCGACACUGAGAUACGCAAACAGAGCGAAAAAUAUUCACAAUAAACCCAUAGUUAAUGAAGACCCCAAUGACACCAUUCUUCGCCAAUAUCAAGAGGAAAUAGCGCGACUCAAAAACUUGUUGGGCAACAAACAAAACAACGAUAUAGAAGUAGAAGACCUAACGAUGCUGCCCGAAGAACAAAUUCAUAAAAACGUCACCGUCGUCGAUAACGAUCUAAACCUUAAAAGAGACGAACUACUCUUGCAAUACCAACAGGAAAUGGACAAGCUCAGACACCUGCACGAAAACGAGAAAAACGAGAAAGAAAACAUCCUGAAACAGAUCGAAGCCAUCAGAAAAGAGUAUGACGAAAAUAUCAAAAAGCUGAACAUGGAAAUCAGCACCAAGAAAAAGGAGAUGUGGUCUGAAGAGGAGAUCGUGUCCAGAAUUGGAGCGCUAAAGGCCGCCAUGAUCGGAGGAGAAAAAGCGGACGAUAAAGAGCUUUCCGAUAGAAGAAAAAAGAAAAAACUGGCGGCCGAGGAAAGAGCAAGUGUGAUUGCAAGACUCUUGGCGAAAAUUGACAUGAACGAGGACAGAGAACUGCUCCACAACCAAUAUAAAGACAUAAGUCAAGAGCUCAUGUUGAAAACGGAAGUUUUAAGAAAGUACAGGCAUAAAGUCAAAAUUCUGGAAAAGGAAAUAUCGGAUAUUCAAAGCGAAUUUGAAACCGAAAGACAGGAUUACCUGGAGACGAUUAGGAAGCACGAAAAAAGCGUUAUAUUGUUGACGCAGAUUUCCGAAAAACUUGCGGGGACUUUGAAAAAAGAAUGUAAUUAUUGUGAUUUAGAAUCUAUAAAGGAGCAUGCCAUAUGGUUAGAGGAUUCUCAAAAAUAUAAACUUCCGGAUUUAGUGAUACCAAGAACUAAACUCCCUCCAGCUGAACAGAACCACAACGGUUUAUCGUCAGGUGAAUCCAUUAAAUCUAGAAGCGAAUUUAUUAGCCCAUACCCUUAUCAAGACGAGCAGAAAUUGGACGAAACGGGCAGAGAAGACAUAAUAGGCAGUUAUUUUCAACCAACGACAAAAAGAGCUCAUGAACUACUAAGACAAUCAGCCAAAUUAGAUCCCAGUGAAGUGAUAGCAACAUGGAAAGGCCGAAAUGGCCGUACAAAUGUUUCAGAAUUCACAAGAAGAAACAAAUCUACUGAAAACUUGAAUGGGCACGUAUCUCCGAAGAAACAGAAUGGAACGAAUACCAUUUACGGGAUAAACAACAAUGUAUACCUAAAUGGACAUGCUUCAAACAACGACUACAAUUGUAAGAAACCGUUUCGUCUUGAAGCUCUGCCAAAUAUCGCGAAACACCACCACCAUCAAGGAAGACUAAAUAAAAUGGAAUUUUUAUAGACCAAGUUGAAAAAUAUUUUAAAAACCUUAAAUAAUUACAUCAAAUUUUGUGAUAAAUUCGGUUGUGUUUGAUCACAGAGAUAUAAAGAUGAUGAAAGUGUCACCAGUUAAAUUCUAAAAAAGUUUUUGCCUUUUUUUCUCAGUAUUGGCAACACUGGAUGUACCUUUCAGGGACAACAGUCCAAGCAAUGUUGCCAAAUUGAUCAAAAUCGAAAAUCUUAUAUACUCAAAGAUAUUUCAAUGUUACCUUAGGUACUGAAUUAUCAAAAUAAUCAGCACCAUUUAGUGAACAAGUUUUGUUAAAAAAUGGUGCCAGAUAGACAGGUGCAGAUAAUGAAUACAACAUUCAGAAAACAUGUUUUAAUACAGCCAUGUAGAAUAAGUAAUUGAAUACUGCACAAUUUUAUUGUUUGGUUAAAUUAAGAUGUCAACUGGUGACUCGAAUAAUAUAUAUUUACUGUUAACUUAUGAAUUGUUCUUGUUUAUGUAUAAUAUGGUUUAUAAUGUGGUUGACACAAAAGUGUGAUAAAAAUUGUAUAAAUAUUUUAAUACAGAUUUUUAUGGAAAUAAAUUUGUUCAGUAUAAUUCAUUAGUUUAUUUUUAAAUAUACAUAAUAACCUAAAAACAAUUCAACAGCCAAUAUCAAAUUAUUUGACAAACAUUCUGUUUGACUAGAAUUGUUAUGAUGGUUUUAAGCCCUCUUGGAAUGUUAACGUCUGAUUGCUUUGAACAUCUUUCUGCAUUUCUAAUGCUUUAGUCUUGUAUUUGUCGGCUAAUUGUUCACUUUUUUCGACACCUACAAGUUUAUCAUAUACAGUAAUACAGUUUUACUAAAUUUAAUGAUUGUGCACCUUCUCCUUUAGCAUACAUUUGACUCAAAUUUGCACAACUAUACAUAUUACCCAAAUUACAUCCCUUUAAAGCAAAAUCAAAGGCCUUCCUCAUGUCUUUAGCAACUUGAUAAUCAUUGGGAUUGUAGUCUUUUUCAGUGAGAGUCCCAGGAAGAUUGUCUUUUUUCACUCCAACUAUAUACAUCCCUGACAAAUAGUAACAAGCAUUCCCGUUUUCAUAUUUACAUGCCUUUUCCAGAAUCUCCA